GGCAGAGGAGGGAAGAGGGGGGCCGCCUGCGCUUGCAGACUGGGAGACAGCUGCCCCCCAACCACAUACUGGCUUAUCUCCUGCCAAAGGAAAGAGAAGAGGAACAUCAGUUGCACCAGGUCAGAAAUGCCUCCUUGGCCAGGAAUGGGAAGGGAAAGGAAGUGCUUACAUUGGCACCGUGAGACGAAACGGCGUUCAGUCCUCCCAGAAAGCCUUGAGGCAAGCUGGCCUGGAUGUGGAUAAUUGCUCCAGGAGUCCCUGCGGUGGCAUGCAGAUUCCCUGGCAUAGACCCUGCUCAGCAACGGGAGAGACACGGGGCGUUGUGAGUCUUCCUGUGUGUGUGCAGAUGAAACCACGCCACUCGCACACGCGAGAGAAGUGCCAGCACAUGUAGGCUCAGCACCCGAGGCAUGCACAGAGGCAAAACAAAUGAAUAAAUCUGCAGGGGGGUCCCCACCCCCUGAAAGGGCUCCCAUAACAGUGGUGUUGAUGGAGCAACUCAACAUCCCCGCGAAAGACCUACCUGUCUGCUGCAGCUCAGCGUUCUGGGAGCUGAGUCCAUAAUCCAUCCUUUCGCUGGCCAUUUGUUGCAGCCGAGGGACGUCCACGGAAGUCAGCCAGGACAGGGACUGUAAGUCACCGGGGAGGUCGUCUUCACCCAGUUGUGAAGGGUCAGAAGCCAAGAGUCUACAGAGCGGGGAAAUAAGACGCUCAGGUGAGAGACUUAGGAUGGGCUUCUUCCCAAUAGUCUACAACACGGCCCUGAUUCACACAGCAUGGGCCCAAAGCCACGUCUGGGAAUCCGAGAAACUGCCGUGGGCACCACAAAGCACCCUAAUUUUAUUAAAUAAAAAAUAAAGUUUAGAAAGCUUUAACCUGUACUUAUGCUAUUUCUAACUUUCUGAAAGUGUUUAAUUAUUGUUGUGUUUAAUUAUUGGUAUCUGAUGAAGUGUGCAUGCACACGAAAGCUCAUACCAAAAUAAAAACUUAGUUGGUCUUUAAGGUGCUACUGAAGGAAUUUAAUUAUUAUUGCUAAUUCUUAUUACUGAUUGCUUCAUUGUUUUAUCUUUAUUGCAAACCGCUUUGAGGUUUAAGUGGUUUGUACUUAAAAAAAUAAAAUAAAAUAAUUCUCAGAUGAGAGGCUGGCGAUGGUCAGAACCCCCACUCCCCACAGACAACAGGCAAAAACAUCACCAUCUGGGGUGGGGGAUCAUAAUUAAAACACAGGUAACAAAGAAAGGUAACUCCUUCAUGGAUCACUGCCUUCUCCUGGCAAAGGAGCUUGAAUAACUCAGAGAAGCUAUGAGCUAUGCCGUGCAGGGCCACCCAAGAUGGACAGGUCAUAGUGGAGAGCAGGGGUCCCCAGACUAUGGCCCAGGGGCUGGAUACACCCCAAAGGCCUCAUUUAUCCGGCCCCGCCACCUGCUGCCACCGCCCACUCUUACCAGCAUGGCUGCCCACUUCCGGAUCGAAAGAGGACCGGAAAUAGCUUUCACGCAUGCGCAAGCGUAAUUUUCGGUGCACUUUCGGGUUGGAGGAGGACCGUGUGCAUGCGCACAAGCUAUUUCCGGUCCUCCUGCGACCCAGAAGUGCAACAAAAAUAGCGUGUGUGCAUGCGUAUGGGCGCGCGCCUCCGCCCCCUGGCCCAAAGCGCGGUAAGUAUGGGAACCCCUGGUGGAGAGUUUUGACUAAACGUGAUCCACCUGGAGAAGGAACUGGCAAGCCACUCCAGUAUCCCUGCCAAGAAAACUCCAUGGACAAAGACAAUAGGCAUAUAAAAGUUAUGACGCUGGAAGAUGAGUCCCUCAGGUUGGAAGGCGUCCAACAUGCUACUGAGGAAGAGCGGAGGACAAGUACAAGUAGAUUCAGAGCUGAUGAAGCAGCUGGGCCAAAGCUGAAAGGUCGCUCAGUUGCGGAUAUGUCUGGAAGCGAAAGGAAAGUCCGAUGCUGCAAAGAAAAAUAUUGCAUAGGAACCUGGAAUGUAAGAACCAUGGAUGGAGGUAAGCUGGAUGUGGUCAAAAAUGAGAUGGCAAGAAUAAAUAUUGACAUCCUGGGCAUCAGUGAACUAAAAUGGAAGGGAAUGGGCGAAUUCAGUUUGGAUGACUAUCAUAUCUACUACUGUGGGCAAGAAUCCCGUAGAAGAAAUGGAGUGGCCCUCAUAGUCAACAAAAGAGUGGCGAAAGCUGUACUGGGAUGCAAUCUCAAAAAUGACAGAAUGAUCUCGAUACGAAUCCAAGGCAGACCCUUUAACAUCACAGUAAUCCAAGUUUAUGCACCAACUACCGGUGCUGAAGAAACUGAAAUUGACCAAUUCUAUGAAGACUUACAGCACCUUCUAGAAAUGACACCAAAGAAGGAUGUUCUUCUCAUUACAGGGGAUUGGAAUGCUAAAGUAGGGAAUCAAGAGAUAAAAGGAACAACUGGCAAGUUUGGCCUUGGAGUUCAAAACGAAGCAGGGCAAAGGCUAAUAGAGUUCUGUCAAGAGAACAAGCCGGUCAUCACAAACACUCUUUUCCAUCAACACAAGAGACGACUCUACACAUGGAUAUCACCAAAUGGGCAGCAUUGAAAUCAAAUUGAUUACUGUAUAUUCUCUGCAGCCAAAGAUGGAGAAGCUUUAUACAGUCAGCAAAAACAAGACCUGGAGCAGACUGUGGCUCAGAUCAUCAGCAUCUUAUAGCAAAAUUCCAGCUUAAACUGAAGAAAUCAAGGCCAGUGGAAAUGAUGAUAUUCCAGCUGAAUGAUUUAAAAUUUUAAAAGAUGAUGCUGUUAAGGUGCUACACUCAAUAUGCCAGCAAGUUUGGAAAACUCAAUAGUGGCCAGAGGAUUGGAGGAGAUCAGUCUACAUCCCAAUUCCAAAGAAGGGCAGUGCCAAAGAAUGCUCCAACUACCACACAAUUGCGCUCAUUUCAUAUGCUAGCAAGGUUAUGCUUAAAAUUCUACAAGGCAGGCUUAAGCAGUAUGUGGACCGAGAACUCCCAGAAGUGCAAGCUGGAUUUCGAAGGGGCAGAGGAACUAGAGACCAAAUUGCAAACAUGUGCUGGAUUAUGGAGAAAGCUAGUAAGUUCCAGAAAAACAUCUACUUUUGCUUCAUUGACUAUGCAAAAGCAUUUGACUGUGUUGACCACAGCAAACUGUGGCAAGUUCUUAAAGAAAUGGGAGUGCCUGAUCACCUCAUCUGUCUCCUGAGAAAUCUCUAUGUGGGACAAGAAGCUACAGUUAGAACUGGAUACGGAACAACUGAUUGGUUCAAAAUUGGGAAAGGAGUACGACAAGGCUGUAUAUUGUCUCCCUGCUUAUUUAACUUAUAUGCAGAAUUCAUCUUGGCAAUGGAAUUGUUGAAUACAAAGAUAAUUUUUUUAAGAUGUAUAAUUUAUCAUUUAUUGUUGGAAUAGCAUACUAAAUAUGAACAAGUGAAAUCGGUGAUGAUUGGGCAAGAGAUGUAGGGCACAAUAUUAUGUUUAACGACUGGGAAAGAUUGUGGUAAAUAGGUAUGAAAUUUACUGCAUGCAAUGUAUUGAAAGAAUAUAUGAUGGAAAUUAUGUAUACGUGGUAUUUAACACCUGUUAAACUUGCAAAAAUGCAUUACAUGUCAGAUCAUAAAUGUUGGAAAUGUAAGGAGAAAGUAGGUACCUUUUACCACAUGUGGUGGACUUGCCCCAAGCUAAAAGACUUCUGGGAAAAGAUCUAUAAUGAGCUGAAAAAGGUGUUGAAAUACACAUUUCAUAAAAAAACCAGAGGCCUUUUUGCUUGGAAUUGUUGGAGAAGAAAUUAAUGUUAAAGAUAGAACGUUCUUUUUGUAUGCCACAACAGCAGCUAGAUUGUCAAUAGCUAAAUUAUGGAAGACACAAGAGACAUCAACAAUUGGCAGAUGAAGACGAUGGAAUAUAUGGAACUCGCCGAGAUGACUGGGAGACUCCACGACCAAGAUGAGGAGAAGAUGGGAGAAAUGUAAAAUUACCUUAGGGAUAUGCAUUUAUAAGAUGAACCUGCUAAAGAGGUUGACAGAAAAGGAAGCUCAGAAGGUGGGACCAAGGGAAGUCCCCUCAGGAUGGAAAAUAAAUAAGAUAGUAAGGGUUAAGGAAUUUUUUUUACUUCUGUUUAUUGUUUUUUAUUUGUUUUCUGAUUUUAUUGCUUGUUUGUUUUUUAUUGUAUUUUAGUUAUUUGUGUAUUGUUUGUGUUUGUGUAUUUCCUGAAAAAUGAAUAAAAAGUGUAGAGAGAGAGAGAGAGAGAGAGAAUUCAUCAUGCAAAAGGCUGGACUGGAUGAAUCCCAAACUGGAAUUAAGAUUGCCGGAAGCAAUAUCAACAACCUCAGAUAUGCUGAUGACACAACCUUGAUGGCAGAAAGUGAGGAGGAAUUAAAGAACCUUUUAAUGAGGGUGAAAGAGGAAAACGCAAAAUAUGGUCUGAAGCUCAACAUCAAAAAAACCAAGAUCAUGGCCACUGGUCCCAUCACCUCCUGGCAGGUACAAGGGGAAGAAAUGGAGGCAGUGAGAGAUUUUACUUUCUUGGGUUCCAUGAUCCUGCAGAAUUAUUGUGAGUUUUUUUAAAAAUAAAAAUCAUAAGGCCAACAGUAGAAAAUUAUUGGAUGACAAGUCAUGUCAUGUGAGCAGAACUGAUAUUACAUUUUCCAAGGGAGGUUUCCUUAAACAAUAAAAAUUCUGUUAGUGCUCAUUUUUCUGGUUUCCAUAGAACCAAAGAAUCAGAGAGUUGGAAGGGAUCGGAUCCCAAGGGUCCUCCAGUCCAACCCCCUGCACUGCAGGAGUAACAGCUAAAGCACCCCGGCAGAUGCCCCCGCCCCCAACCACUGUUUAAAAAGAGUCUACCACCUUUCGAGAAUCAUAGAAUCACAGAAUCAUAGAAUCACAGAAUCAUAGAGUUGGAAGAGACCACAAGGGCCAUCCAGUCCAACCCCCUGCCAAGCAGGAAACACCAUCAAAGCAUUCCUGACAGAUGGCUGUCAAUCCUCUGCUUAAAGACCUCCAAAAAAGGAGUCUCCACUACACUCCUUGGCAGCAAAUUCCACUGUCGAACAGCUCUUGCUGUCAGGAAGUUCUUCCUAAUGUUUAGGUGGAAUCUUCUUUUUUGUAGUUUAAAUCCAUUGCUCUGUGUCCGCUUCUCUGGAGCAGCAGAAAACAACCUUUCUCCCUCCUCUAUAUGGCAGCCUUUAAUAUAAUUGCACAUGGCUAUCAUAUCACCCCUUAACCUUUUCUUCUCCAGCCUAAACAUGCCCAGCUCCCUAAGCCGUUCCUCAUAAGACAUCGUUUCCAAGCCUUUGAAAAUUUUGGUUCCAGGUGAGGUCAGACCAGAGCAGAAUACAGUGGUACUAUUACUUCCCUUGAUCUAGAUGCUAUACUCCUAUUGUUGCAGCCCAGAAUUGCAUUGGCCUUUUUAGCUGCUGCGUCACACUGUUGACUCAUGUUUGUGGUCUACCAAGACUCCUACUUUUCACAUGUACUGCUCUCAAGCCAGGUGUCACCCAUCCUGUAUUUGUGGCUUUCAUUUAUUUAUUUAUUUGCCCUAGUGUAGUACUUUACAUUUCUCCCUGUUCAAAUUCAUCUUGUUUGCUUUGGCCCAGUUCUCUAAUCUGUUGAGGUCAUUUUGAAGUGUGAUCCUGUCCCUGGGGUCACGCAAUUAAAAGAUGCCUGCUUCUUGGGAGAAAAGCAAUGACAAACCUAGACAGCAUCUUAAAAAGCAGAGACAUAUAGUUAAAGCUAUGGUUUUCCCAGUAAUGAUGUAUGGAAGUGAGAGCUGGACCAUAAAGAAGGCUGAUCACCGAAGAAUUGAUGCUUUUGAAUUAUUGUUCUGGAGGAGACUCUUGAGAGUCCCUGGACUGCAAGAAGAUCAAACCGAUCCAUUCUUAAAGAAAUCAGCCUUGAGUGCUCACUGGAAGGACAGAUCCUGAAGCUGAGGCUCCAAUACUUUGGCCACCUCAUGAGAAGAGAAGACUCCCUGGAAAAGACCCUGAUGUUGGGAAAGAUUGAGGGCACUAGGAGAAGGGGACGACAGAGGACGAGAUGUUUGGACAGUGUUUUCUAAGCUAUGAACAUGAGUCUGGCCAAACUGCAGGAGGCAGUGCAAGACAGGAGUGCCUGGCGUGCUCUGGUCCAUGGGGUCACGAAGAGUUGGACACAACUAUACGACUAAACAACAACAAUAACAAAGAAAACAAAAAACAGGCAACCUCUCCCAACACCAAAUAAAAAAAAAUCCUCCAUUUUUUAAAAAAAAGUAAAAAGAAAAUACUGGGAGGAGCAAAGGGUCUGGGUGGGCAUGAAGGGGGUGUCUGAGGGCUCAUGGUGCCCAUGGGCACCACAUUGGGGACCCUGGCCAUACAGUGUUCAAUAUUAUUUCACUCCCAAGUACAUUAAUGAAAGUAAAAAUCCCAUUUCACCUGUGUGCACAAAAGUACUGAAACCUAGAAUCACAGUGUUCCAGCGGUAUUUGCCACACUUGGCUUAAGAGGAAACUUUUUGCAGAUUGAGCAUGAAUUUUUUUUUUCUGUUAUCUAAAAUAAGAUUAUAGAUGCCUUUUCUGGUAGACAUAUGCAUCAUUGGCUGAAGGCACUGAGCUCACGCCCUAAAAUAAAUCUGGUAUUUGGUACUUGCUCCCUUUGGAAUUUUCAAGAGUUUAAUACUGCAACUGUUGCAGCCAAGUUAAUUCACAGAGCUUUGUGCUCACGUUUCUCAAAAGUGUUUUGCCCUUUUCCUCUGCCAACCUCAAAGCAAAACUUUUUCUUUUUCUUUCUCUUUUUAAGGGCAAGGCUGAUUGUCAUUCUGCAAGAAGCAAAGGUGACGCCCCUGCCGGCUUCCCCUCCUCCUCCUCCUCCCAGUGCUCUCUUCUUCCUCAGUAUUACUCCUUGCCUGCAAGAUGGAAUAACCCGCCUUGCCAUGGCAGGGCUGGUGGAGUUCUGGCCCUGGAAAAGAGCAUCAGGUGGUCCCCCCCCUUCCUCCUCUGCCAUUGGACAGGCCAUCGAAGCAGCGUGGAGGAAGCCCUACAAGCUGAACAUGGAAGGGGCUCUUGUGGCCCGGGACAGAGUUGGGAUUCAAGAUUUCGUCCUUUUGGAUUCUCACACGAGUGAAAAUGCCUUCUUGGACAACCUUCGCAAGCGAUAUCGGGAGAACCUCAUCUAUACAUACAUUGGCACUCUCCUGGUGUCUGUGAAUCCCUACAAAGAGCUGGGCAUCUACACGGUGAAGCAGAUGGAGCAAUACAAAGGCGUGAACUUCUUUGAGCUGCCACCACACAUUUAUGCCAUAGCCGACAAUGCCUACCGGGUCAUGUGUACGGAGUACAACAACCACUUCAUCCUGAUUUCGGGGGAGAGCGGUGCUGGGAAAACAGAAGCCUCCAAGAAGAUCCUUCAGUAUUUUGCCAUGACCUGCCCCACCACGGAGCAGCUGCAGGUCGUCCGAGACAGGCUGCUGCUCUCCAACCCUGUUCUGGAGGCUUUUGGAAAUGCAAAAACUUUACGGAAUGAUAAUUCAAGCAGGUUUGGAAAGUACAUGGACAUCCAGUUUGACUUUAAGGGAGCUCCUGUUGGUGGGCAUAUCCUCAGCUACCUGAUAGAGAAGUCCCGUGUUGUCCACCAAAAUCCUGGGGAACGGAACUUCCACAUCUUCUACCAGUUGCUGGAAGGCGGGGAAGAGGAUUUGCUCCAUGACCUCGGCCUGGAACGCAACCCUCAGAAGUACAUGUACCUAAUUCAGGGGCGCUGUGCCAAAGUGUCUUCUAUCAACGACAGGAGUGACUGGAGGACGGUGCACAAAGCUUUCACUGUCAUUGACUUCAAAGCAAGAGACCUUGAGAACCUCUUUGGAGUAAUUGCCAGCGUCCUGCAUCUGGGAAACAUCCAGUUUGAAGAGGAUAGCAACGGCCAUGCUAUCAUCACUACUGGCUCCCAGAUCAAGUGGAUCUCAAAGCUUUUGGGAGUCCACCUAUCAAUUCUGCAAGAGUCCCUAACUCACAGAAAAAUAGAAGCCCGGUUUGAAGAGGUUUUAACCCCACUGGAUGUUGACCUGGCCUUUUAUGCUCGAGAUGCAGUGGCAAAGGCCAUUUAUGGGCGGACAUUUACUUGGCUGGUCAAUAAAAUCAACAGCUCUUUAGCAAACAAGGAUCUCACCAGGAAAACUGUGAUUGGGCUGCUUGAUAUUUAUGGCUUUGAGGUUUUUGAGACAAACAGUUUUGAGCAGUUCUGUAUCAACUACUGCAAUGAGAAGCUGCAGCAACUGCUGAUAGAGAUGACCCUGAAGGCUGAGCAGGAGGAGUAUGAACUGGAGGGCAUUGAGUGGGAGCCAAUCCCAUACUUCAACAACAAGAUCAUAUGUGACCUCGUGGAAGAGAAACACAAGGGGAUCAUUUCCAUACUGGAUGAAGAAUGCCUGCGGCCUGGAGAAGCGACGGACCUGAGCUUUCUGGAAAAGUUGGAGGAGAAAGUAGGAGACCAUGCCCACUUCGUGACGCGGAAGCUUGCUGACCAGAAGACGCGGAAAUCCAUUGACUGGGUGGACUUCCGCCUUCUUCACUAUGCUGGAGAGGUGACCUAUUGCACUGUCGGAUUCUUGGAGAAAAAUAAUGACCUGCUGUACCGGAACCUUAAAGAGGUGCUGUGCAGGUCCAAAAAUGGGAUCCUCAGAGAAUGUUUCCACCUGACGGAGCUGGACAACCGAAGGAGGCCUGAGACUGUGGCAACUCAGUUCAAAAACAGCCUGGCUAGUUUGAUAGACAUCCUCAUGUCGAAAGAACCAUCCUACAUUCGAUGCAUUAAACCCAAUGAUGACAAAGCGGCUGACAAAUUUGAUGACUCCUUGAUAAGGCACCAGGUGAAGUACCUGGGCCUGAUGGAGCACCUGCGGGUGAGGCGAGCCGGCUUUGCUUACCGUCGGAAGUAUGAGCACUUUCUGCAAAGGUACAAGUCCCUGUGUCCGGAUACCUGGCCUUACUGGCAAGGGACGGCUGCCAAAGGAGUUGAGAAGCUCAUCAAGCAUAUUGGCUACAAGCCAGAAGAGUACAAAAUGGGAAAGACCAAAAUAUUCAUCCGUUUCCCAAGAACUCUGUUUGCCACAGAAGAUGCCUUUGAAUUCAGAAAAAAUCGGCUAGUUUCCAGAAUACAAGCCAAAUACAAAGGAUGCUUAGGGAAGCGUGAGUUCCAAAAGAUGAGGGAAGCAGCCAUUAAACUGGAGUCCUGCUGGAGAGGAGUCCUGGCUCGGAAGCUGGCCAAAAAGAGGAUGUGGGCAGCCCAGACCAUCCGGAAGUACAUCAGAGGCUUCAUCCACCGGAAGCAACCCUUGAACCGCGAUAACAAGGACUUUGUGAGGCUUGUGCAGUACACCUACCUCAUGAAACUCAGAGAUCACGUCCCAAAGAACGUCCUGGACAAAAGCUGGCUUAAGCCUCCGGAGAUCAUGCAAGAGACAUCUGAGUUCCUGAGGAAGAUCUGCAGAAGAAACCUUGUCCGGAAAUAUUGCCGAGGCAUCACAGCACAGAAGAAGGCACAGAUGGAGGAAAAAGUGAUUGCUAGUGGCAUCUUCUGCGGGAAGAAGGCUGGCUAUGCCCAGAGCCUGAAUGAACCAUUUCUUGAGACCAGGCUAAAUGAGAGCGAGUUGAGCCCCAAAGUCCUGCAGCUGAUCCGCCACGAGAGAGUGAAGUAUGUGACGCCAGUGGUGAAGUACGACCGGAAUGGCUUCAAGCCCCGAGAGCGACUGCUGGUUCUGACGCGCGUGGCAGCCUAUGUGGUGGAGAUGGCCAAGAUCAAGCAGAGGAUUGAGUAUGCGACCCUCGGAGGCCUUUCUGCCAGCAGCUUGGGCGACCGUAUCUUAGUCAUCCACGUUUCAGAAGACAGCAAAGCAGAGAAGGGAGACGCCAUUCUGCAGUGUGAGCACUUUUUUGAGACGGUCACAAAACUCUGCAUUCUGGCCCACAAGCAGAAUUCUUUCUCGGUGGUCCAGGGAAGCCUCCAGUUCCAAAUCAGUCCAGGGAAAGAAGGGACAAUGGUUUUCACUACUGGGCAGGAUGCUCAGGUCUACAAAGCCAAAAAUGGACAACUGAGGGUGGUAUCGCCCAAAAUAACAUCCUGAUGGAAGCACAUGUUCCACCUUUGCCUGUGAACUGCUGAUGUUUGAAAAAGAAAGUAGCCCAAACUCCUCUGUGGAGAGGAGCAGAGUCCAUAUAAUAAUUCUGAUGCUUACAGAGAGUGUUUUGAUGCCAUAGGACUGUUGCAGAUCCCAUGACUGACUGUAUGAAUACUCCCAAGAACUGGCUAUAUUUUUGUGAUAACUUGCCCCUAAUUUAAGUCAACAGCUACAGAUAUUUCCUUAAUAGGUUCAAGUGGGGGAAGCCUCAGAAAAGAAUUGCGCCUUAGAAGUGGAGGAGGAAGUUCUACACUCUGCAAAAAGUCUUCUUCCCAUUACAAAGCUGGAAGCGUAAUGGCAGAAUCUGUAAAGCUGAAUCCUACAGCCUGGAGAAAUACGAGGCAGGCAGCUGUUGUCCUUUGGGGUUUUGGAACACAACUCUCCUCAUUUUUCUCUGGCACUGUUUUUGGGGGGAACCUUGAGAUCCCCGCUGCUGCUUGGGCAGCCACAGAUCCACUGAAGGGAGGUGGGGGGGGGAAGGUUCUGCAGUCGAAAUGGUGCCUCCAUGUUCCUCUCUAUACUAGCAAUCUGUGAUUGUAAGUGGCAAUGUGAAUUAAAAAGACUAAGAGAAA